CCUCCCUGCUGCUCAUCUCACCACCCUUAUUUUUGUCUAAUGGAACUACCUGUGAAGGCACCAGCCGGCAGCUGCAAAGUUCAAUAUAGAAUAAGAACCAAGGAGUUGACCUACAGGUUAUCUCGGGGAUAUGAUGAACUCAAUUGCUUUGGCUCUUGGGAUGAACCCAACCAUGUUCCUAGGUAUAUUUUGAAGAAUGUAAACUGUGAAGCCAGGCCAGGGGAGAUCACAGCAAUCGCUGGUCCGAGUGGGGCAGGGAAGACAACAUUGUUAGAAAUUCUAGCAGGUGUUGUCCCAAGUCGAGUCUCUGGUCAAAUUCUUGUGAAUGACCAGCCGAUGGAUGCUACUUGUUUUAGGAGAGUAUCGGGUUAUGUCACACAAGAAGAUGCUCUCUUCCCGCUUCUUACCAUUGAAGAAACCCUCAUGUAUAGCGCCCAGCUCAGGCUACGUGGUGGGCGUGACAGGGCUGCAGCUAGAGCAAAAGAGCUGUUGAAGGAGCUUGAACUAGAGCAUGUUGCAGGUGCGAGAAUUGGUGAUGAAUCCAGCCGUGGCAUCUCAGGUGGUGAGAAGCGCAGACUUUCUAUUGGUGUUGAUCUAGUUCAUGAUCCAACUGUUCUUCUGAUCGAUGAACCAACAUCAGGACUGGAUUCAGCUUCAGCUCACCAUGUAGUUCUGUUGCUGAAAUCCAUGGCUACAAAUCAAGGUAAGACAAUUGUGCUAACUAUCCAUCAACCGGGUUUCAGGAUUCUCAAUCUAUUUGACCAAGUUGUGUUGUUAUCAAAUGGAACUGUUCUUCACCAUGGGCCCUUGCAUCUCCUCGAGCAUCGGCUAAAGAUUGCAGGUCAUUGCAUUCCUCAGCAUGUCAAUGUGCUGGAGUAUGCCAUUGAUGUCACUGAAAGCCUGGUUACAGGUAUGGAAGAAAACAAACCAGUAAAUGGUGAAAUAGAACAAGGUUUUGGGCACAUCAACGAACUUCCCAACUUGAGUAAUGUUGAUGAAAGUCGUAUAUGUUACCCCAAUUCCCACUUUGAGGAAGUUCUAAUACUGGGGCAGAGAUUCUCCAGAAACAUUUUCAGAACCAAACAACUCUUCACUGCAAGAACGACACAAGCUGUGCUUGCUGGAUUUGUACUUGGGACAAUUUUUAAGAACGAAGCUAAUGACCCAAGCAAAUUUAAACUACAUACUCAAAUUGGAUUUUUUGCUUUCAGCCUCACCUUCUUGCUAUCUUCCACGACAGAAGGGCUACCUAUUUUCUUGCAAGAGAGGAGAAUUUUAAUGAGGGAGACCUCAAGAGGAGCAUACAGAGUCUCUUCUUAUGUUGUAGCAAACACUCUCAUCUUCCUUCCCUUCCUUUUAACAGUGGCUCUUCUCUACACCACCCCAGUCUACUGGUUAGUUGGGUUGAGGAGGGAAAUCGAUGGAUUCCUCUAUUUCUCUCUAGUGGUUUGGAUCAUUGUUUUGAUGUCAAACUCUUUCAUCGCAUGCUUUAGCGCGCUUGUGCCGAAUUUCAUCAUUGGAACAUCUUUGAUUGCUGGCCUUAUGGGAUCUUUUUUUCUCUUUUCUGGGUAUUUCAUAUCAAAGGAGGACAUACCAAGGUACUGGAUUUUCAUGCACUACUUGAGUUUGUUUAAGUACCCAUUUGAGUGCUUUAUGAUAAAUGAGUAUGGAGGAAAGAAAGGGAAAUGUUUGGAGAGUGUUGAAGGAGAAUGCGUUCUAUAUGGUGACGGGUUUUUGUUGCAGCAAGGCCUGAAAGAAUCACAAAAGUGGAGCAAUUUAGGUGUGAUGUUGGGUUUCAUCUUUGGAUAUAGGUUUCUUUGUUUCUUGAUUCUGUGGUACAGGUCCUAUAGACAUAGAAGUUAGAAGGUCUUCAUCCAUCAAAUUAAAAUGAAAAUAUGAAAGAUUUGAUGAAACAUACGAU